GUCACUAGCGAGACACCAUGGAGCUCACAGCUCUUUGCAAGAAACUGUUGACAGCGUUUUUGGUGUUGGUGGUUUCACAAAUUCAACAUAACUAUGCACAGGACAGGUCUUUUGCUCAGAUUGUUCCCACUGGACUUCAGCUCUUUGAAUAUAGCUCCCUCUCAAUUAACUGUGAGGGUCUUAAUCCCGAAACUGGAUGGACUGUAAAGAGGAGACGAAAGGGAGAAGUCAGUGCAUGUGUCAGUAACUGGGUGACAACAACUGCGUCUGUCUGCGCCAUCAAACCUGUUUAUCUCACAGACAGCGGAGAAUACUGGUGCGAGAUUGGAGGCGAGAGGAGCAACACUGUCAACAUCACAGUCACUGCUGGAGCUGUGAUCCUGGAAAGUCCUGUUGUUCCUGUGAAGGAGGGAGCAGUCGUGACUUUUAUCUGUAGAAGUACCAUGGCCCCUUCUGCCCACAUAGCAGAUUUCUUCAAAGAUAACCGACACAUCAACAGCAGCUCCACAGGCAAGAUGACCAUUACUAGAGUUUCUGAGUCUGAUGAAGGGCUUUAUAAGUGCAAUAUCUCAGAGUUUGAAGAAUCUCCAGAGAGCCGGCUGGCAGUCCGAGCCUUUCAAAAUGCUCAAAACUACUCACAGAACUCUUGCCAUGGUUACCUGGUAGUACGGACCAUUUUCACUGUAAUCAUGGUUUUUCUUCUGCUGCUCAUCGUGGGACUUCUUUACCGUGGAAAUAUAUGAGUUACAAAGAACUGACUCAAACUCACUUCACCAAACAAACAAUCGUUUCUGGGGUUUCAUUUCAUACCAAAAUAGAAAUAUUCUAGCAAGAAGCUUUGGCUUUGUCUUGCUUAGCCAAGGCUUAUUUUUUUUCUCUAAUCUUCUCUAAAAUAUAAGGUUGUGCUUUCAUAAUUUCCGAUAUAGCUUGAGGUAUUUUAUUUUGUCUGAUCUUAGACAAGCACAACAUGUGACAGCUUUUACUAUAUAUAAUAAAUAGUAAGAAGUUUCAGAGUGUCUGUUCAGUUACCACUUGCAGAAAUUAUCAAACAGUCAGAAGUGAAAUCAACCACAGGUUAACAAUCCAUUAAAAAAAACCCUGUAGUGGUGGAGUGUGGUCUGUAGCUCAGCUGCAGGGGAUGGGUGGUAUAGUGGGUUGAGGGCUAGUGCCAGGGAGGCUGGCUGGUGCUGUUAUCAGUAGUUAUCUAAUCAUCCCUCCCCUAUUUCUACAACAGUAGUGUGCUGGGACCAGAGAGAGAAGAACUGAGCUGGUGUCACUGCAGUGUUAUUAUGCAGUAAGGAAAGAAAAGGUGAAAUAAAGAGUCUGCACAGCAACAGAAAUUUUCUAGAUGGGGCCCUCAAUAUCUUGUUACAGAUGGGUUUUAUAAUUUUAGACGCUCUACAUAGCUAUGCAUAUGAGAUGAAUUAAGAUAAUUCUUUCAGCAAAAAGUAUUUUUGAAAAUAGUUUGGAAAAUCGUAUUACUUUAAAAUAUUAUCAAAAUCUGUUACAACUGUUUGAGGGUGAAAGGAGGAAGACAGGACAAAAGGUAUGCUGUGCAAAAGCCAGAGAUUACAUUAAUGACAAAUAAUAAUUAAAUGCGGAAUGGUGUAUAAAAACAUGGUGAGUGAAAAAAAACAGAUAAGGGAAGAUGAAACAGUGCAUCACGGGAAGCCCCAUCCCAGGCAUAAGUAACAGGUUCAGGGUCAUCUGAUCCAGCCCUAAAUAUAUACUUAGGGCUGGA